AUGAGGCCUCCUGCCUCCUCCUGCCCUCCCCUCCCGCCCUCAUUGCUAGAUCAACAGCCUCAAAUGCAAGGAUACGUGCAUACAGACAUGGAUAUACUCAAACACACAAGCAUUGAUGCAGCAACACAGUCACAAGCAAACAUGCAGCUAUAUAAGCUACGCACCAUCGUCUUCGGUUCAUCCAGCAUGGUCGGUCCCGUGGAAACCGAAUGGAUCAACCAGUCCUUCGGUUUCCAGCCUUACGACACGGCGAUGGGCUACGGACUGAGGGUGACCAAGAACGUGACCAAGGGGCUGGUGAUGUGUAUGCAGGGAUUCGUCCUCAAGCACCUUCUCUUCGCCAAGACUAAGGGGAAGACCACCAUUGAGCCUAAGACGAGGGACGCCCUCGUUGGACGACCCCUCGCGGAUAUGUUACCUGUGGCAGGUCGGGGACAAGGGCUCGGGUCCCUCUGCCUCACUCAGGACGCGGCCUACGCGAGGGACGGCGAGAGUUACCAGUGCGACGGUUGCACUGAGAAGAUUCACAUCUUCGAGUUUGAUAAACUGGAUGAUCUAAGAUUCACCGUGAAGAGACACUUGUUCGAGUUCAUGUCCAACAAUCGAUCUGGCUUGAUGUUGUUCGUGUAUAGCCUUAUACUGACCCGAGGUUUCAAAAGGAUUAUGGAGGACACAGCGGACGUCAAGGAGAGCCUCAUCCAACCCAACGGACACAUCCACCCCAUCCUCGCCUCCCUCAUCCUCACGGGAAGAGCCACGCCUUACCUGCACAAUGGGAUUAUAUACGAAGGGACUGAGGACACGAUGUCAAGACCCAAGACGGGCGUGCUGAGGCGGGCCGAGGUAGGUCACCUGGUGUGUCAGAGGUCAGAGACCAAGUUCCCCGUGGCGGUGGGGUCGCGGCUCAAGACCCCCACCCUCCCCAUCUGGGUCGUACGGAGCGACGACUCCUACGGGGUCCUCUUCAACCCCAACCGAGAGCUGCUGAGGGACUACCACGCCGAGAACAGAUUCGACCUCUACUAUUACUCUUCGUCCAACAACCACAACAAAUCGACUAUCGUGACUAUUGACACCCGGAACGCAAGCACAAAUGAUGAUUAUAACACACCUGUUCUCGAGAACAUUAUACAUACCAACCUUCCCUAUCCUCAGGUGGAGUGA